UUUUAGCACGUAGAUAUACAUAUUAUUCACAACUAGAACCUCCUAGCAUUCAGUGGCCAUUUGCCCAUGAGCAGGCUGGGAGGCUCAUCUUGUAUCUCCAAGCCAACAUUGAUAAGCCUGUAGAGAGAGAGAACGACAGUACAAGAAGAAAGGAGAAAAAGAUGAAUAGAUUCCAAGCCACGGGAGGUACCGCAACAACAGCAACAUGCUCUUAACAUAAAGUGGAUGCCUUGCACCUUGGUCUUCUACUAUAUAUAGGGACAACCUCUUCUCCCUCUGCCACCAAGGUCCAUCUGAACUGCUAAUCUUUCAUCCUUUUUGAGAAGUUUAAUACUUGUUUAAUUUUCUUCUAAGCUUCAUAGGCAAUGAUACGAGGGAGGGACCCUUUGGUCUUAGGACAAAUCAUUGGUGAUGUCCUGGAUCCUUUUGUGCGGUCCGCUAGCAUGAGAGUAGUGUACAAUGGUAAGGAACUCACUAAUGGGACGGGGCUGAGGCCAUCUGCUGUGGAGCAUGAGCCAUGGGUAGAGAUUGGAGGGAAUGACCAAAGGAGGCUCUACACCCUUGUGAUGGUGGAUCCUGAUGCACCAAGCCCAAGCAAUCCCACCUAUCGAGAGUAUCUGCAUUGGUUGGUGACUGACAUCCCGGAAACAGCUGAUGCAAAUUUUGGAAAUACAAUAGUCAGCUACGAGAGCCCACGACCAUCAGCUGGGAUUCACCGUAUUGUGUUUGUCCUUUUCCGACAGGAGACACGGCAAACCGUUGAUGCACCCGGGUGGCGCCAAAACUUCGAAACCAGGGACUUCGCAGCAUAUUAUAACCUUGGACCGCCUGCUGCUGCCUUAUACUUCAACUGCCAGAGGGAGAGUGGUUGUGGUGGAAGAAGGUAG